CACUUGACGCGGAUAUGGCGAUUCGGAAGCUGCGCGUGGUGUUCUCGGAUCCGGAUGCGACGGAUUCGUCGAGUGGGGAGGAAGAAGAAGAAGAAGAAGAAGAUGAUGAUGAGAUUGAGAGGAGGAGGAGGAGGAGGAAGAAGAGGAAGAGGGUGGUGUACGAGAUACCGAUGCGAUCGAAAACCCUAGAGGUAGAGAAGAAGAAGAUGAAGGGGAUGGGGAGCCGUUCGAGCGCGUACCGGGGAGUGCGGCGGAGGUCGUCGGGUAGGUGGGUGGCGGAGAUCCGGGACCCGAUCCGGCGCGUCCGCAGCUGGUUGGGGACGUACGGCUCCGCCGAGGCCGCGGCGGAGGCCUACCGCGCCGCCGCGGAGCGCUUCCGCGCGGAGCAGAAGAUCGGCGGCGGCGGCGCCGCCUCCCCCUCCGCCGCCUCCUUCGCCGCGGCGUCGCCCUCCUCCGUGCUCGACACCUCCGCCGCCGAGCGCCGCGAUCCGCCACCGGAGGCGGAGGAGGAGGGGAGGAGGAGGAGCAUCGCGGAGCUCUUCGAGAUCCCGGAAAUGGAGUUGGGGGCGAUGGGUGCGGAGGAGGAGGAGGGGUUCUUAUGGGGGGAGCUCUGCGGGGAGCUACUGAUCGGAUUGGACGAUCUCCCGCUGCUGGAUCAGCAGUUGGACGGCUGUGAUUUCUCCUUUCUUGAUACGUUGGAUGCCUCUACUUAAAAAAAGAAAUGCAUAGCACUCUCUUUGGUGAAAUAUUUGUAUAAAUCUUUUUUUUUUUUUUCACUAGUAUUUGAUUUUGAAAAUCCCGCAAUAUCAAUAUGUAGUGUAGUGUGACUGUGUGAUUCUCCGAUUUAGUAAGUAUGGAUUCUUGUAAGAAAAUACUGUUCUUAAAGAGGUCAUAAUUAUAUUUUUA